AUGGCCAAUUCUUUAAGAGGUGAAGUGUUGAAUCUGUACAAAAAUCUGCUGUACCUUGGAAGGGAGUAUCCCAAAGGAGCAGACUACUUUAGGAGCCGUUUGAAAGCAGCUUUCCUAAAGAAUAAAGAUGUGAAAGAUCCUGAAAAAAUUAAGGAACUAAUUGCACGGGGAGAGUUUGUUAUAAAAGAGCUGGAGGCUUUGUACUUCCUCAGGAAGUACAGAGCCAUGAAACAGCGCUACUACAGCGACGACAAGCGGUGA